CGCCCGCCCAACCUUGAACCCUCCCAACAACUCAACUCGGAGCUAACCACUACUAGUGACGGACUUUACACGCAUUACAGCAUACACCUGCAUAGCCCAAGCCUACCACCAUGUCACACCGUAAGCUGAGCAUUGUAUCUCUUAUCCUGAUACUAAGUACAACCAUACCCCGCGUUCCUACCUCGCUGAGCCCCCGCCAUACCAUUUAACGUACCCCUCACACCUCCAAGAUCCACAACGAAACAAGAGAACCAUGGCAACACCACCCAUUCCCUUCAUCCUCUGCGGCCGAAACCCCAACAUCGCAAAAGCAGUACGCGAAGGCAUGGCACCAGAAUACCACGUCCUCCACACCUUCCUCUCCCUCGAAGAAGCAAAAACAAACAUACCCCCCAUUCUCUCCUCCUCUAGCCCCGAUCGGCCCGUAGCAGUCGUGCUCGGCGGCGGCUUCGACGACGCCAUGUUCGCAGAGAUAAAAGAGGCGUGCGAUGCAGCACAAGGGGAGAAGGAAGUCGCGUGGCUACGUACGGAUAUAACGGGUAAGGUAGAGAUGCCAGAUAUGAAUGAUACAGAGGCGUAUGGGAAGGCGAUGGGGGCGAGAUUGAAAAGGGGAUUGAAAGAGCUGGGGGUGGGGAGAGAGGAAGGGGUGAAAGAGGUGAAAGGGGGUGUGCAUUUUUUCUAGGGGUCGUGGAUUAUAUCUUGGUGAAGUUGUUUAGUAGUUGUUUUUCUAGGUGUUAUAGAAGCGUUGGUGAAUCAGUUCCCACAUAUUCGCAAAUGACUUGAGAACAGGCACCGGAUUAUCAAAAAAUAAAAUAAAAUGAGAAUGUAUCUAUUAAAUUUUACCACGCU